AUGUUGCCCUUCAAUGGCUCCUGCUUCAAUCCCACAACUUUCCUCCUGAUCGGCAUCCCUGAGCUGGAAACCCUGCAUGUCUGGAUCUCUGUCCCCGUCUGUUCCAUGUACGUCAUCGCCAUCCUGGGGAACUGCACCAUCCUCUUCAUCAUCAAGACAGAGCCGAGCCUGCACGAGCCCAUGUUCUACUUCCUCUCCAUGCUGGCCGUCAUCGACCUGGUCCUCUCCACCUCCACCAUGCCCAAGCUGCUGGGCAUCUUCUGGUUCAGUUACAGAGAGAUCGGCUUGGAUGCCUGCCUCCUCCAGAUGUUUGUCAUACACUCCUUCUCAGCCAUGGAGUCUGGGAUCUUCCUGGCCAUGGCUUUCGACCGUUACAUUGCCAUCUGCGACCCGCUGAGGCACAAGACCGUCUUGACCAACACAAUCGUAGCCAAGAUUGGGCUGGCGGCUAUGAUCCGGGGCGUGUUGUACAUCUCCCCGCUGCCCCUCCUUGUCCAACGGUAUGCGUACUACAGGACCAACAUCAUUGCGCAUUCCUACUGUGAGCACAUGGCAGUUGUGAUACUGGUGUGUGGGGAUAUCACUAUCAGCAAUCUCUACGGGCUGACUAUUGGCUUUCUGGUGCUGCUCAUGGAUUCGCUGUUCAUCGUCCUGUCCUACAUCAUGAUCCUGCGGGCCGUGCUCAGGCUGGCCUCGGCUGGUGCCCGUCUCAAGACCUUCAGCACCUGCAUCUCCCAUGUCUGCGCCAUCCUGGCCUUCUACACACCCAUUGCUGCCUCGUCGCUGACGCACCGGUUCGGCCAAAACGUGUCUCCUCACAUCCAUAUCCUGCUGGCCAACUUCUACCUCCUGGUCCCACCCAUGCUGAACCCCAUUGUGUAUGGGGCAAGGACCAAACAGAUACGGCAGAGAGUGCUUAAGAUGGUCUCUCUGGGUAGGCCGGGCCUCUGA